UUUUGAUACUGUAUUUUAAAGAGUGGGUUGGUAACGACAGACUAUUUCAAGCAAAGAAAAUGAUUGAUUGAAUUCGUUCCUUUUGCUACCGCCUUCUUAAUUCGAGAUUUCGGAUAAUUCGACCAACACUUGAGUUCCCGCAAACGUUGAAUUAACGGGAGUCGACCGUACAUUGCAUGGUUAUAUUUGGUAAACAUACGAAUGUAGCAAAUCAUCUAUAGGGUGAACGUAUUCCACUUUAUAACAGGUAACAUAAGAAAUAUAUAAUCGAUUGUGCUCGCACUCACCGACGCCUUCAUAAACCCACCUUCAUGAGCGGUCAACCUUCCGCAAACUAAAACAGUUCAUAGCAUUAGAGGAUUUUUUUUUUCAAAAGGAAAGGUACGUGGAUAUAUAGGUCUGCCGAAGGGGCUUGUCUUUGGUCUGCUACUCAACGUCUGGGAAAGAGAUUCUUGGAUAGAGGGAAAGAGAGGUUGGGGAAAUGGCGUGAGCACGCAAAAUUAAAGUGAGUGCUAGUAGUCAGCCGAGCACACGUUAUAAACACGGUGUACAGUUUUUACACCUGCACGCCGCGCGCUGUCUUCAGCUUAUUAGGAACUGCUACAAAAGUCAUAGCAGACCUUUUGUCGAUACACUAAUAUGUCCUACAUUCAAUGUACACUGAUCUCGUACAUAAGCACAUUACAGAUGUUAUACCGCGUACCACAAUCGAGUAAGCGCGAGAGAAAGAGAGACACUGAGACAAAAAUAGAAAUGGUGUAAUGAAAAACGAAGGAGUCAGCCCACCUAUGUGCAGGGCUUGCUACUUCAGAUGGAGUUAUUCAAGCAAUACGAAUAGAAAAAAAAAGAAAAAGCCGGUUGCACAAAGAAAUAAAUCAAACACAGAUGACACAACAUCCAAGAAUGUCUGUAAGUCUUGAGUGACGUAAGCAUUGCAGCCGCGCUUUCGUGGCUUGUAUUGCAUCCCCACUUCUAGGGCUGUAGCAAAUCACUGGCAUUAGCCAUCGUGUAUCAAGGUAAGCCCCUGCUGCUAACGCUCGUGGUGCACGAGUUACAAGUAAGCAAUAGGCAUGUGUUGCACACGUAACAUGAAAGCCACGUUCACUCGCUUUUAAGCAGCGGCGAGUGCUUGAAUGACAGCCGAUCCUGGCAACCAUGUUUACUAUCAUAUUGAUUGCUAAUAAACACUAGGACAGGGGAAGCGAACACAAAACGACGGCAGUAACUUUCCCUUGAUUUAUUCGCGGCAACUCGUGGCAAUAUAUAGACAGAUAUAAUAUGCGCAGAAACAAGACCACUCACCAGCCUAGCGGGGCAACCCCUUAUCAAAAAAAAAAAAAUAUCUAUGAUGCGCAGUAAGCACCACCUAGGCCAAACUCAAGUUCUGAAACGUUUACUGAAACCUGCGCGCGUCGGAGCAGUUACAAGUUGGCGCAGGCAAGUGCGAGAAAUCAAGAUUACUGGACACGUGAUGUCGGACGAGCCGGUCGAGAAAUUGACGCAUUGACGCACUUGCUUUAGUACAGUGGCGGUAGCCUGUAGGUGCAACCAUGUCGGUGCGGUGAGGAGGCUAACGAGGCUUCUUUCCUUUUUUGGGGGGUGGUGCAACGUGGAACGAAUGCCCGGCACGAUUCCGUCUACCAGCGCUCAAGGACUGCUGUCGCCCGGCAACUGGUUGCACGAUGAACCUCCGAGCAUUAUGCCUGACCACGAUUGUCCACGCUGCCUCCCUAGCCCGGGGUUACACCAUCAACAUCACCAUCAACGCAGUUGACAGCACGCCACGGUACGUAAACUCUUAUUACUCAGCGCCAUUCGCCUAUCGCCCCAUGCACCCCAUCUGGCGGCCAAAGCCUCCAACGCGGCCAUACUACCACCAUCGAUCGUACCAUCGGCCCCGAGCCCCUUACUAUUACAAUUCGUACCGGCCUCGGCCAAAGACUCGUUACUACUACAAGCCUCGUUACCCCCAGCCACCUCUUCGGACGAUACCUCGGCCCCCUCGGAGACCGUAUGGACCACCAGCGUACAGGCCACCGUACGAGACGGCGCCCUUCGUGGCGAAGCCCGUUCAGCACCUGGAAGCUGCGGCGCAGCUGAGGCCCCCCGCGGCGUCAGCGCCGUCUUCCGCGAGGCCCCUGGUGGAGACCGGCGACGUGACCGAGGUGAGCGGCGCGGAGGAGGCGGCGGCGGCCCCGAAGCCCUCUUCGUCGGCGGCGGCCUACCAGCCGGCGGCGUCGUCGGGCGGCCUCACCAAGUUCCUUCGGCGGCCUCCCUUCGCACGCCCGGGAAGGACGGGCAGCGGCUCGGACGCCUGCUUCGGCGGCUCCCGGUGCACGUUCUUCCUGCACUGCUGGAUGGCCGGCGGGUCGCUGGGCUCCUCGUGCGGUCCGCUCCUCUCGUGCUGCAUCACGCCCUCGGACGCGGUGAUCAAGCCGCGCUACUACGGACCCGUCAAGAACGACCCCUACUGCGGUCGCAGUGGCGGUCGUAUCAGCCGUAUCGUGGGAGGCAAGGAGGCCGAGUUCGGCCAGUUUCCCUGGCAGGCGUUCAUCCAGGUGGCCGGCAGCCGCUGCGGCGGAACGCUCGUCUCCCGGCAGCACGUGGUCACCGCCGGACACUGCGUUGCCAAGUACCAGUACACUCCGUCCAGCAUCCGCGUGACGCUAGGAGACUACGUGCUCAACUCUGACGUCGAGAGCCUGCCCAGCGAGACGUUCGGCGUGCGCCAGAUCCGGGUGCACCCGGACUUCAGGUUUACGCCCCAGGCGGACCGCUACGACGUGGCCGUACUGGUGUUGGACAGGCCGGUCACCUACCGGGCCAACGUGAUGCCCAUAUGCUUACCGCCAAAGGACGCCCAAUUCGUGGCUCGAGUCGCCGAGGCCGCCGGUUGGGGAGCCCUCGAACCUGGCUCCAAGGUGCGACCGCGCGUCCUGCAGCACGUUCACGUUCCAGUGCUGCCCAACGAGGUCUGCGAGAACUGGCACCGGCGACAGGGCAUCAACAUUCGCAUCCACGACGAAAUGCUCUGCGCCGGCUACGAGCGAGGCGGCAAGGACUCCUGUCAGGGUGACUCGGGUGGUCCGCUGAUGCUGAACGACUACGGCGUCUACUACCUGAUCGGCAUCGUGUCGGCGGGCUACUCCUGCGCCAAAAACUACCAGCCCGGCAUUUACCACAGGGUCAGCAGCUCGUCCGAUUGGAUAUCGUCCAACAUCUACUAGGCCCGAUGUCGACGUUCCAGACGGCACGCGCCUCUCAAAGCGGCGCUUGCGCAGUCGUGUCGAAAGAAAAAAAAACAUACAAGAACAAGAAAGAAAGCCAGGCUGCUGCUGUGCGUGCGGCUUCAACGACGACGAUGAACCCGUGCGUUGCGGACCAAUCUGCGUCACGUUCCAGACGUGAAGACAGUUUCGAAGGAGCAACGAGUGAGCCGUGGUGUGCGAGUGGUUUAUCUGUUUUUUUUUCUUUAUUGCGCGAAGACAUUUUGGUGCGCGGCGCUGGUGAGCCGAUAGGGGGCGCCACUCUACGUGACGCGUGCGUGAUCUUCGAGACCUUCCUUGUGAGCAGACGCGGCGUUCGAGGAAAGUUGGCGUUGUUGUUUCGUUUUAACUGUUUUUUAAGUGUUUCGUCUCGAUCUAAUGUUGUUCGCAAUUUUUAGGCUUUAAAACAGUGGACUUGUCGAGAGUGGCGUUUUUUUUUUCCUCCUCUAGGUCACAAUUGACUUUUUUUUUUCUUUGCCAGAACAAACCUGAGCUGCUGCUGCACAUCUCAGUCGCUCGCUUUUCUUGGCACAAGGAUGUAAAGGUCACCCAUUUCAGGAUGCCGUACGCUUUUUUUUAACCCCGAAAUUUGCCGCGCAGAACUCAGAGUCCUGUUUCUAUUGCUGGCCAAGCAGCGUCGUCACUCUGCUUCCGCGACCCCGUUAUAUAAUUUCUUCUCAAAAAUGAACGACUUCGAGGUUUUACAAACAUGGCAUGCUUUUCAUGCAUUUCUGAAAUAAAACGUGUUUAGGUAA